AUGACGAUCUCCAUCGUAUCCCGGCGAGUGCUAGCUCGCACGAGCCUGACACACCCCACGCGCGCCCUUUUCUCAACCUCCCGCGCCUGCCGCUCCGACGACUCCAAACCAGCCUUCGCAUUCCGUCAAGGGCCCGCACCACCCAGACUCCCCGAAGAAGAACAAAAGGUCUUUGAACAACUUCAGAAACAAUCUACAGGCGCAUUCAGCACGCCUCGUUCGGCGCCGCAGAUCAACCAGUCGCCCGACUCCGAACCCGCGAAGGCUGAAGACGGAGAGGAGUUUCAUCCGGAUAUGAAACAAGGACUCAAGCCCGAGUUCGAGGGAGAGAAGAACCCUACGACUGGAGAAGUUGGAGGGCCCAAGAACGAGCCGUUGCGAUGGGGAGCCGGCGGCGAUUGGAGUUAUGGAGGACGUGUUACGGACUUCUAG